ACUUCUUGGGCCGCUGCGGCUCGAAAAUUUCUUUUCGUGUUGCGCCUGCGCACAGUUGGCUUUCUACCGUUGACGUCUUCGGAUUUGUGCGAUUCUUGGCGCGCAGCAGUUUUUAGCGUUGGUUUCGCGUGUGGCUUCCGAUUCGGUUGUGGACGUGGACUCUCUCAGAUAGACACUCACACACACACACACACAUACACAUACGCAUACGUAUAUGUACAGAUACACGCGCGCAGCAUAAUAAAAAGAGCAAGCAAUAGAAAUUGGAACAACCAAUAAAAAAAAAGUGACCAGUUCAAUUAAAAAGAGUGUGCUACAACAACAACUGCAACAACAACAACAACAGCAACAACAAUAACAACAGUGAUAAACAUGUUAAAAAUGCGUUACAAAAAUUGUGAAAAUGGUUGAGAAAAUGUUGAGAGCAACGCCAGAACUUGCUCCAGAAAGUGCUUAAAUAUCGAAUUUAUUCUAUAUACCCAUAUAUACAUAUAUAGAAAAGAUAUACACACAACCACAAAGCAGAUUUGAAGAAGUGCAAGUGCAAUCGGCCCGCAGUGCAAUACAAUUAUUGAAAACAAGCAAAGGAAAUACGCAAAAAAGUUAAAAUUCAAACCAACAAAUAUAACAAAGAUAUAUUACUAUAUUCAUAAUCGAUUCAAUCCAAUCAAUUUAUACUCCACCCGUUCAAUCAAACAAUCAAUACGAACUCUCUCAAGAACGCUGUUGUAUAUAUUUCCAGAAAAUACAAUACAAUAAUAUAUACCUAUAUAUACAUAUAACCUAUAUAUCGUCAUCUCAGAAUCUUUUCCAAAACACAAUCAGUCAAAAGUCGUCCAUUGUACAUACAUAUAUACGAAAAGCAAUAAAUCAAUAUAAAUAUCUAUAUACAAAUCCCACAUCAAGGGCUCUGUGUGCUAUCUAAGGAAUAUGAAAUAAACACAAAAUAUAUAAAUACUAUAUACCCACUCGUACUACUCCCCGUUCAUUAUCUUAUGCAUAUAUAUAUUUAUGUCUUCCUCCCAUUGUUUUUGUGAGUAUACAAAAAUGUUUAAGCUUUUCAUUUCAAUUUUAUUUUUGUUGUCCAUAACAUGAUUUGCCUUUGACUCCUAACCGUAAAUCCUAAACGCUUAACCCUUAACGAGCAUGCUUUGAAAUACUAAUACUUACAUAUUUAUUAAUUGCUAAUUUGAUUGGUCGAAGGAUCUUAAUCUAACAGUCCUCGAGUAAAUCAAGCUCGUAUUCAUGACAUCUCUAUAUGAAACAUAUCAACUCUCAUUCACAUCAAAUCGGAUACAAAUACUACACAUAUGCAAACAUAUUAAUGAAACUGUCUUAAAGGAUUUCAAUAUCGCGCGUUAAAGGAUUACAAGUUAACUAAAGAACAAGGAUUAUACAAAUAUAUACAUAUAACAAAUAAAACUAAAGGAGACAACAAGAAAAAACCAACCAAUAACAACAACAAAACCACAAUUUCAGAACUAUAGUUCAAAAUGUGCAACAGCUGAAUUCGGCAAUUUCGUAAAUCAUCAACUGAACGAAUAUUCAAUAUUUUGCGCAAGAAGAAAUACCAAAAAUUUCUGUCCAUCGCCUGGGUCAACUGACAAUGAAGUUGUGCAGCAUGAACGGGCCAAGUGAAUCAGAAGUCGAAAGCCUACUGAUGAGCCCCUGCUGGGGACCCACACAGACAAGCAGCCAGGAUCAGUAUCUGCUGGACGGACACAAGCUGCUGCUGGAGCACGACCUCGACUCGCUGCCGAGCGAUGCGGAUCAGAAGAACUCACUGGAUGUGCUGGAUAAUCUGCUGUUGAAUAGCUCCUCGCUGAAUGCACUGUCCGACCUGAAGCCGCUGCCUCCGUUCACUGGCUACACCGGGCAUCUGUCCAUCAAUGGCAUCUCGGGGCAUCACUAUCACGCGAUUGCCCAGCGGCUGCCCGACGAGAGCAAUAACAACUACAUACAGAGCGCCUACCAGCAACACCAUCAGCAUCAGCAUCAACAGCAGCAACAGCACCAGCACCAACAGUCGAACAACAACAACAACAACAACAACAAUCCGAAUGCGAAUCCCACGUCCACAACGGCAGCGACGACGACGUGCAGUGGGACAGGCGGGGUGGGCGGUGGCGGCGGGGGCGGCAGCGGAAGCUCCUCGCAGGAGCACAAUAUCGUAUCCUCAUCCACCUGCCUGCCUGAGAGCGUGCUCAGCGCGGAUGCGGACGCCUGCCUCAACGAUGUCAAGCUCUUUGCCGAUAGUCAGUUAGAUUCUAAGCUCUACUCCGUAGCGGACAGCUGUGUUAUAAACGCCUCCAAUCAGGGCGGCAAUGGUGGAGGCGGAGGUGUCUCCUCGCUGGCCAGCAGCGGGUCGACGCUGACACCGAUCGACCAGGUGGCCGACUCGCUGCACGGCAGCGGAGUGCGCAUCUACAAGGAUCUGACCGAGUAUGUGGACAUGAAUAGCAUCGAUGACAUCGCCGCGAUCAUUGGCUCGGCGAUAGCGGACACCACGGUGCCCAAUCAGCUGGACAAGGAGGAGGGUAACGACACGCGCGACAGCUGGAUGGAUCUGGAUGCCUGGAUCGAUGGCAACUGCAUUCAGCCCGAGGGCAAGGUGCUCGUCUCCCAGCAGGACACGCUCAGCGACUUCAUGCUGCCCCACUCACCGCUGCCGGUGCAUGCGAGCAGCUCCACGCUGCAGAGUCUACUCAGCCAUGGCUACAUGCCGCUGCUGCAGAAUCGCCUGCAGCACGGACCACCUGGGUCGGGCAACGCCCCCGGCAGCGCCUCCUCGGCGGCAGCUAAUGCGCUGAAGAGCGAGACGCCCAGUUCUACCUCAUACUGCAACGAGCUGUCGGCAGCCAGCAGCAGCUGCAGUCCGCCGGGCUCGGUGGUCAGCACCACGGACAACAAUCUGAUGAUCAAUCCGCGCUAUCUGACCAACAAUCCCAAUCCCAACCAGCAACUGCAGCAGCAGCAGCAGCAACAGCAGCAGGCAGCCUACCAGCUGACGCCCAAUGGCCUCUCCGGCACUGGGCUGAAGGACGGCGGGCUGUGCAGUCCGGACAUGCUGAGCAAUUAUCCGCAUACGACGAGCACCACAAAUGCGCCCACGGGCACGCCCAAGGCCAAGCGGUCCAGGGCACAGAAGAAGUCCAGCCAGCAGCAGCAACAGCAGCAGAUCCAGGGCGACAACGGGGCGUCACAGCUGAACGCCAUGUCGCCGUCGGGCGUGGCCAGUUUCAAUGCCAGCGAUCUGAGCGGGCUGCUGGGCAAGGAGAAGCCGGUGCAUCGCUGCAGCAUCUGCAAUCGCGGCUUCCUGAACAAGUCAAACAUCAAGGUGCACCUGCGCACGCACACGGGCGAGAAGCCCUUCCGCUGCGACGUGUGCGCCAAGGCCUUUCGCCAGAAGGCGCACUUGCUCAAACAUCAACAGAUACAUAAGAGAAUUGGGCGUGACUGACCGCGGCCAUAAUCACAACCCGCUCGCCACUAGCAACAGCCACUUCGAUAGGCAGCAACUGUUUCUGCCCGCACAAUUGAGCACAAAGUCGCUUCCGUGUGCUCUGCUCGAGAGAAAGUGCCCGCCAAAGCCACCCGCCCACCACACUCCACGCACCACUCCACGCACCGCACACCACAAUCUCGGGCCGAACUGGCAACUGGAUGUGUGCAUGGAUGGGUCUUUGGGUGCGGCAGCUUCUCGUGUAUCGCAUUGCUUGACCAAAACCACUGUGGAUCGCCUCUCGGCGUUCCCAGACCGUUUGCCAUCCUCCUGCUGCUGCCCCACUCACAGCUCACAGCAGCAGGGUGAAGCAAUGCCAUACACAUAGCACUUGAUAUUCGUUGUUGUUGGUUGCUUUUGAUCUCUUCGCCUCUUUUGGUAGUUAGUCCAAUGAAUCCGGUUAUAGGUAGCAUAUGUAGUAUACGGUCUAGCCAAAAUAUAUCUAGAUGAAUUAAAGUUGCUUAAUGACCAUGAGAAAUUUAAUUAUAUUCUUAUUUCACAUUUUUAUGGGGUUUCAUAUCAACCUACUACCUCUAUAAUGUUGUUGGCACACUCUGAAAAAAUUAUGGAAAUUUUGGAAGCCUGAUAAAAGCUGAAGAAAUAAAGAAAAGGAUUUUGAAAACAAUAAUUAGUCUUUAUUGUUAUGAAAAUACUUAAUACGAAUCUGAAACAGAAAAUUUAUGAAAUGUCAUAUUCACGAAAGGUUCUUAUAUAGCUAAAAAUGAAUCCCGAUUAUAGUAAAUAUUUGGUAUAUGUGAACAGUUCUUAUAAUGGAUGCAGAACGCAGCAACUGUAGAAAUUUCGUUAUAGCAAAUGGAAAAUUAUUUAACAGGCAAUUUUUUGGAAAUCUAUAUUUUAGUUUAUAUAAAACAAAUUUUAAAAUGCCCCAGGCAAAGAGACCACAAGCAAUGUAAGAACAACGAAGCGUCCAAUUGUCUUUUUGCAACUGUUGUUCUGUUUUGAUGCAAUCCUGCGUGCUUCGAGCACCUAAGGCCCUGGCACAGGUAUACAUUAUAUAAUAAUAAUAAUGCAUAGGGUUACGAACGUAGCUAGAAUUUAGUUAAACUCUAGCCGAAUGUAUGUUAAGUAAUUGCAUAAAUAAGAUGAUUUGUAUGUACCUCAAGAAGAAGAUAAAAAGAAAAACAAUAGAAGCAAUACAAUUAUAAAUUACAGUAAUAAUAAUAAUACUAAGUAAAUGUACAA